GGUUAGAAUUAUUUGGCGAAUCCAACAGUUAGAGGUUAGAGUUAAGAGCUUCCCCGGCAAAGUGAAAGCCAAAGCUCUCUCUCUCUCACUCUAUUCUCUAUCUGCACGCACACAACAAUUUGUGGAAAUUCCGAGAAUGUCAUCGCUCCCAGACGAACUCUGGAGGCAAAUCCUGGAAAUCGGAAUCGAAAGCGGCGGUCUGAGUUACAAGGAGCUCUGCUGCGUCUCCAUCUCAUGCCGCCGCCUUCACCGCCUCUCCUCCGAGGACCCUCUCUGGCACCGCCUUCUCUCCUCCGACUACCCCAAACCCCACCCCUCCUCCUCCGCCGCCGCCGCCGCCAAAUCCCUAUAUAAAUUAAGGUUCGAGAGAGACAAAGAGAGGAGAAUAGCUGCUCAUAGGAGGCUUGUGCUGAGGAAGGAGAGCCAGAUUGCGGAACAUUCUAGAAGGCUCGGAGAUAUUCGCACACGUGUCGCUCAAGAAACCGCCAAAGCCUCACAAACUGCUCAAGACUUGUCCAAUUUGCGCAGGGCCAGACAAGCCUUUGUAGCUUUGAAUGUGUGGCAACCGGAGGUUGUCCGAAGUAGGCAAAAACAAAUGGUAGAGCAAAGUGCUGUGCCUGCUGAAUGCCGGAUACAUGCGCUUGAGAUGGAACUCAAACUUUGUAAGCAACAGAUUGUGGGGUUGGAGAAGUCCUAUAAAGAUGAAAAGUGUAGGCUUGAUGCUGCAAAAGAGGAGUUGGCAUCUAUUAAGUAUCACCCUGUACGGGAGCAUAAGGGCACGAGUGGAAGGGAGAAUGAACAUGUCAAGCGGAAGAAGUUGAAAAUAAGCAAUAGCUUACAAGAAAAAUAAACCAGACCAGCAUAGAUGGAUAUGCAUCUUGUAAUCAUUCUCCACAGGAAGAAGCUGCAUUGGAUGAUGAGUAAAAGCUCUUGCGAAAUGACACUUGCUGCUCUUUCUUCUAUUGAAACUGGGAACUUGUUCCUGCAAUGAAGACUGAUUGCACAAAUCCUCUUAUCAUUGUGGAUAUGAUGUAAUAGCAAUACAUAUUGAAACCUGACGAACUCGAUGAAAAGUGGCCUUAGAAUCAUUGUUUGUAACUUAAGGAGUUCUGAUCAUCACUUGGUCACUCUGUUGUAGCCUGUGGACUUGGUAGAAACCUUGUAGUUUGUCGGAAGUAGGAUAAUAGGAGAGAGUACAUAACAUUAUGUAUUACAGUCAUUCUAAAUUUCUGUUUUGAUAUUCUUCUGUUUGUUGUAUCAUUGUUUUUAGUGGAAUUACCCCGCUUCACAGCCAUUUGUUAAAGUUUUGGUUAUUUUC